UUCUGUUUUCGUUGAUAUCAUAUACAAGCAAAUGCUGUUUGGAUCCAUAUAACAUGACCAAAACCAAUCAUUUUACCUUUCUUCUGAGUUUUUCUUCUCAGAUCUUUACCCAAAGUCGCUCGAUUUAGCUUUUUUACUGAUUAGAAAGCAAACCCUUUUGUUUUUGUCUCCCAAUUAUGGCAAAGAUGAAGCCUUUUUCAUGGAUUAUGGUGGAGCUUUUGGUGUCAUGACCAUGAGCCCCUAGGCCAUUUACUUUUGGAUAGCUUCAUCAGUUUUGUUGCUGUUAAAUCCAUGACAUAUAUGGAAGAGGCUUAGGACAACUUGCUGCAAUUUGAAACCAUAUACCUAUAUCCUUUCCUCCCGAAGACCCUUGUACGAAGAAUGUUUGACCGCCUUUUAUGAAUGCAGUGUUGUUCUGGGGAUGAGAAGUUUUGAGGAACUCUGUGCUUAAUGGACUGCUCACCCAACAGCAGUGACAAGAAAACGUUGAAGAGGUGGUUUUUCAUUGACAAAAGGGUCGGCUAAAACAAGUAUAUUUCUUGAACUUAGGAGCAUACUCUGUGUUGUUGACAGAGCCAUUCAUUUUAAACACUACAAACUACAAAACUUUGUCACUUUGAUUAGCACUUGGCAACGAAACUGGAUCCGAUGGAGUUGAAGACAAAUCAUGCUGCUUCGGUCCUCACUGACCCUCCACCGAUAAGUAAGUCAAGACUAGGCCUCCAUUCUAGUUUGUUGCCAUACUCACAGCAAGGAGCAUCAUUCUCCUCUGGCAAGUACAUUAACAUCCCAAGGAAAAAGCCAGGAAAGCUCGAUGAUGUUCGGUCCAAUGGUUGGCUUGAUGCCAUGAAAUCCUCUUCACCUCCCCGGAAGAAGCUCAUUAAGGAUUUCAAUUUUGAGGUUGCUUCAGAUGAUGUUGAUAAUGCUUACUGCUCUUGGAUGCUUAAGCAUCCAUCAGCACUGAAUUCGUUCGAGCGGAUUACAAAUUUUGCAAGGAACAAGAAGAUAGCAAUAUUUCUAGAUUAUGAUGGGACUCUUUCCCCGAUAGUUGAUGACCCUGACCGUGCAAUAAUGUCUAAUGCUAUGCGUUCUGCUGUAAGAAACGUUGCGAAGCAUUUUCCAACUGCUAUUAUUAGUGGAAGAAGCCGCGAUAAGGUAUAUGAUUUGGUAGGACUAACAGAACUUUACUAUGCUGGUAGUCAUGGAAUGGACAUAAUGGGUCCUGUCACUAAUACAGACUCCAAUGACCAUCCAAACUGUGUGAAAUCUACUGACCAACAGGGUAAGGAGGUAAACCUCUUCCAGCCUGCUAGGGAGUUUAUACCUAUGAUCGACGAGGUUUUUAGAACCCUCGUCGAGAAUACUAAAGGGAUCAAAGGUGCAAAAGUUGAAAAUCACAAGUUUUGCGCCUCUGUACAUUACCGUAAUGUAGAUGAGAAAAAUUGGUCUACAAUUGCACAAAGUGUUCAUGAUAUUCUCAAAGACUACCCUCGUUUACGAUUAACUCAUGGGCGGAAGGUUUUAGAGGUCCGCCCUGUUAUUGACUGGAACAAGGGAAAAGCAGUUGAAUUUCUGCUCGAAUCUCUUGGGCUAAAUGGUAGGGAUGAUGUGCUCCCAAUUUACAUUGGUGAUGAUAGGACCGAUGAAGAUGCAUUCAAGUUCUUGAAGAAGAAUAAGAAGCGUGGUUAUGGAAUUCUGGUGUCGCCGGUUCCAAAAGAAACCAGUGCCUUCUACUCUCUCAAGGACCCAUCAGAGGUCAUGGAAUUUCUCAAGUCCUUGGUGAGAUGGAAGGAGGAGGAGGAAGAAGCCAAUUAAAUGCUAAGGGAGCACUUAGUUGAUCUGAAAUAUAGUAUAAUAGGCAUUUAGUUUUUUUUUUUUUUAAUUUUGUACUCCUCAAGAACUCAAGGCUGCUAAAAGCAGCUGCUGUUAUGUUACAACCUCAGUUGUCAGUUCACAGCUUCUCAGUUAUUUUGUUAUUUCAUGUCUUUGGCUUAUAAAAAAUAAGUAUUUUCUCCCCAUUUUCAUC